AUCCUCAGUUUUUGCGCCCCCACCGAAAUGAUUAGUCGCCUGUCGUGGCGCACUUGAGGCUAUCAACCAUCACCCUUACUCCAUCGACCCAUUGGGGCCAUAUUAGAGUGUGUGUGACGAAAGAGUGGCUCUCAAUUUUCCCAGUGAAUCCUCAUUCAGUGGAUCAUCUCGGCUCGAGUUGAGAAAAUGGCGCUGACUUUAAUAUAGAAAAAAAUUUGUCAUUUUAGUGCAUUUUUUCCCAGUGAAUUUCACAUUCCAAAUCCAUCCCCAUAGUUACCUUCCGUGCAAAAUUUGCCAAAUAACCCACUUGUGGGGCGCUCCCAACUAACCACGGAUCACACAACGACCUCCAAAGACUUUCAUCCGCACCUCAACCCUCCCCCGAGAACUAGUCAACGACAAACGUGAACAGACAGUGAAAGGAGCAACUUUGUGAAGGGAAACUUUAGAGUACAGAAUCCACAAAUAUGAAAUUUUCUCUACCCUUGCCUGGUGGUGGAACUGGUGUUACAUUGUUUUCCAAACUUGUGAGGACAAAAGACUUGAGAACCCUCCAGGGAGACGAUCCACGCAGUACAAAGCCAAAACUUACGAAAUGCUUGACAACGCUCGAUUUAACGUCCCUAGGCGUGGGAUCGUGCUGUGGAACUGGCAUGUAUUUGGUGGUUGGAAUGGUGGCAAGAAAUAUCGCUGGUCCCGGAGUGAUACUCAGCUUCUUCAUUGCAGCAAUAGCUAGUAUAUUUUCAGGUGCUUGCUACGCGGAAUUCGGUGUGAGAGUACCCCAUACCUCUGGCUCAGCUUAUAUGUACUCGUAUGUGACGGUGGGCGAGUUUGUGGCAUUUGUAAUAGGAUGGAACAUGAUUUUAGAAUAUUUGAUAGGGACAAGUGCAUGUGCGUGUGCCCUUUCAGCGAGCUUCGACUCCCUGGCGGGUGGUUCCAUCAGUCGCAGCAUUGCCGAAUCCGUGGGAACAAUAUUUGGUCGUCCGCCUGACUUUGUGGCAUUCGGGAUCACGCUCUUUAUGACAUUUGUUCUGGCAUUGGGCGCUAGCAAAUCAGUGAUCUUCAAUAAUACUCUCAAUGCCGUUAACAUUGCCUCAUGGGUGUUUAUCAUGACGGCUGGACUCUUCUAUGUGGACACUAGCACAUGGAGUGAACAUCAGGGAUUUCUUCCCUUUGGCUGGAGUGGUGUUUUUACGGGAGCGGCCACGUGCUUUUAUGCCUUCAUUGGCUUCGACAUAAUUGCAACUACUGGAGAAGAAGCUCAUUCACCCCAAAAAAGCAUCCCAAAGGCUAUUGUGGGAUCACUGGUCAUUGUCUUGAUUGCAUAUGUCACAAGCAGUCUCAUCCUCACUUUGAUUGUACCCUUUGACCACGUGGAUGGUGAAUCAGCCUUAGUGCAGAUGUGGACCUAUGUUGGAGCUCCCAAGUGUCGUGCAAUUGUUGCAAUUGGAGCCACUGCAGGUCUCUCAGUGGCAAUGUUCGGCUCAAUGUUUCCUAUGCCAAGAGUUAUCUAUGCUAUGGCUCAGGAUGGACUAAUCUUUAAGCAAUUAUCGCAUUUGUGGACACGCACCAAUGCUCCAGGAAUAGCCACUAUUGGCAGUGGUGUGGCAGCUGGAAUUGUAUCUCUGUUGGUUCGUCUGGAAAUUCUCGUGGAAAUGAUGUCUAUCGGAACCUUAUUGGCUUAUACCCUCGUCUCUACAUGUGUACUUGUGCUCCGCUAUCAGCCACACAGCAGUUCCCUGGUGGAUCUUCUGCCUGCUCAGCUGCGUACUCCUCAACCACCUGGUACUCCCGAUCCAGCUCAUGCGACCACAGUUCUCCAGGCCGAUGGUGCAAAGAGCAAGGGCAAGCAACAGAAUGUCACGGUGCGCAGGGUAACACGUGGUUCUCCAGACUCUGACGAUUCCUUCAUAGAUGACAGUCCCGAAGGUGGAUUUCCUGGUCGUGAUGAUCAAUUCUUGGUAUCUGAUCGGUCAGAAAACAAAUUCUAUGGCAGCGUUCAUGGAGCACCUACGGGCCAGCCCACGCCCUUUGACACUCUCGGCCUGGGGCUGAUUGGACGCAAGCUGCAGGAAUACGGGUACUUGUGUCCAGGUUUAUUUCCCUGGGUUAACCCAGGUCCGGCCACCAGUGAAAGUGGGAUGUAUGUAACGAAGCUGGUGGGCAUCAUGUACGCACUCAUCUUCUUCCUUGAUUUGUUCACGGCAAUUGGAUGGGGUGGAACGUUGGCCGGAUUAGUGAUAACAUGUUUGGUGAUAGGAAUAAUUGUGAUACUAUUGAUUAUAUCCCGACAACCUCAGAAUAGAUAUGCUCUGGCAUUUCUCACUCCUGGACUUCCAUUUAUUCCUACCAUUGCCAUUACCGUGAACGUGUAUCUUAUAUUUAAGCUCAGCAUUCUAACAUUGGUCAGAUUUACCUUGUGGAUGACACUAGGUUUAAUCAUGUACUUUUACUAUGGCAUAACGCACAGCUCAUUAGAGAAUCCCCAGGAAGAAUUUGAACUUGCCGUGGACAAGACCUAUGUUACACCACCACAGCUUGGUGAACAGACGGCUGUGUGGGAUAGGCAUGGGUAUGAGAAUAAGAUGGCCGAGGAUACAUGGUCCCAGGGCAAUACGUACUGGCCAGAGCAAAAUAGUGCCUGGAACACAAACAGCAAUAAUGCACCCAGCAAUCGACAGCAAAGUAGCAAGAGACCAUCUCCUGCACCAUCCCGAAAUCAGCAGCAAUCCCGUGUUCCAGUGUCUCCACAUCCACCGGCGCAAUCCAGCAACGAAGCGAAAAAGGAUGGAUUCGGACUCUUCAUCGAUGAGACACAGUUUCCUUCGUGGGAUGACUAAGCUGGGAACAUCUCACUUCCAUCGACCAACAUCAUUCUGAAGAUCAUUCAUCAUUUCGCGCAGAAUGUUUAUUUCAAACACACACAUAUCAAAUAUUGUUAGUCAUAACAUAGAAUUUUAAAAAUGAAAAUAGUCGAAGAUUAAUUGAGGGAAAAAUGUGGGUGGGCAGCAAAAUUCAUCUGCAGUUGUGAAGAGAUAAGUAAAACGGUGACGAUGAAGUGGCUAAAAUACAUUUUAGUAAAUACAAAUAAUAGGUAGGAAAUAUACUUUUGAAUGUUUACCUUAAGGACAUUUGGGGAGGUUUAUCUCAAGAGAAGAAAGAAUGUAAGGACAUAUUAUACAUGAAUAAUCUUAUUAAUAUGCCAAAGAGGAUUGAAUAUAGUACCACUUUAUUGCAAUAUACAUAUAUGACAGAGAGUAUAACACGACAGAGAAAAUAUAUCCUAGUAUAUUUACAGAGAAUUAAUUACUGAAUGAAAGCACUCAAAAACCAUACCUACUACCGCGACAAAAGGAUAAAGAUAAAAAAAAACAGAAAAAUAGUAACAAAUCUAUAUAUACAAGGACGCAGAAAGUUAUAUAUCUUUUUAGGCAAUUAGUAGCAGAGAAAAAAGUCUAUUUAUUGUAGUGAUGUGAUAGUUUUCUCCCCUUGAUUUUCAUUUAUCUUCACUAACAACUUUGAUACUGAAACAUAUACUAUUGUUGCACCCUUAUUUACAGGCUCUAUACGCACUAACAGUGAGGAACAAAUUUGUUUCGAAUUUUUUUUUUAUUUCGUUUCAAAAAUUCGUUGGACACUUCAAGCCAAUUUCAAAAAUAUUUUUUUAAUUAAUAAUAAGUCUAAAGAGAAAAACAAA